AUGGCACUAACCGACCUUGAAAUCGUAGCGAGUUGUGUCGCUUUGCUGGUUGUUUCAACUAUUGCCGAUGAGAGCAAAGAUAGUUUGAAAAAGGGCAAAAAAGCGUCUGAACCUGAGACUGCAGAUAGCAAAAAGACAGAAAAACGUGGAAUUUAUGAGUUUGGAGAUUAUGGUCAUCACGACUUUGGGCAUCAUUAUGGAGGAGAUUAUCAUCAUGCCGCUCCCGUCGUUGACUUAGGACAUCAUCAUCAUCACGAAAAGACUAUCACUGUUGUGAAAAAUGUUCCUGUUCCAUAUCCGGUUGUGAAACAUGUGCCCGUUGAACAUAUCAAACAUGUACCUGUUCCAUACAAAGUUCCUGUCCCUCAUCCGUAUCCGGUUGAGAAGAUAGUUCAUGUCCCCGUUAAACAAAUUGUCAAAGUACCUGUUCAUGUACCUGCUCCAUAUCCGGUUGAAAAGAAAGUCCCGUAUCCUGUUCAUGUACCCGUUGAUCGUCCUGUUCCUGUCAAACAUUUUGUCAAAGUGCCUGUGCCUGUCGUUAAACACGUGCCUGUUGAAGUAAAAGUCCCCGUUCCUCAACCUUAUGCAGUUGAAAAAGUUGUGCCGGUUGAAGUUAAAGUCCCAGUUCAUGUUCCUCAACCUUAUCCCGUUGAAAAAGUUGUUCAUGUUCCAUAUAAAGUACAUGUUGAUCGCCCAUAUCCCGUUCAUGUUGAGAAACCAAUUCCCGUUCCUGUCGAAAAGCCUGUACCUUAUGAAGUAAUUAAGAAAAUACCUGUACCCGUACAUAUUCCUGUUGACAGACCUGUCCCUGUGCACGUUGAAAAACCUGUGCCUUAUGAAGUCAAAGUCCCAUAUCCUCAACCUUAUCCUGUUGUUAAACACGUUCCUGUACCCGUCUACAAACCUGUAGCAGUUCCCGUUGUGAAACAUGUUGAACAUCAUCAUGACCAUCAUGAUCAUCAUUAUGAUCAUCACCAUUACUAA